AUAUCAUUUUAAUCUGUCAGAAUAGACAAUUUGUCAAAUUUCAGAUUAGCGUCUAUAUGUUUUUAGAAGAUAUAUUGGUUGAGAGUAAUUUAGUGCCCAAAAAGUUAUUAAAUUGCUCAAUAUUUUGUUAUUGCUCAUAUUAUAUACACAAAAAUUAGCAUUUUAUAAAUACUGCUGUUACAUUAGAAAUUCGUUUUCUGGAAAAGUGUAGUGUUAAAAAAUGGAACCUUGUGCUCCCGGUACUGAAGAUGAUCCUCCGAUUAUGUAUUCUUCACUUACUAAAAAGGAAAGUGAACAACAGCGCUUACUUUCCCAAAAAGCCUUUUUAAAAAACGGAAAAUAUUCGAACGUAUUUGAUUUAACUAUUCAAAAUGGAUCUGAGCAUUGGUAUUGUAAUGCCUGUGAAUGUCCAGUUAUGGGACGUGUUUUUCAACAUGAGUUGGGCAGACGACAUGCUCUAUCCAUAUUUAAUACACACCAUAAUGUGGAGAAUCUUAAAAAUGAUACUCCACCUCCUGAAACUGUUGUCGAAGUAGCACCAGGAGAACCAAUACCACCAGGCUUUGAAGAUGCCUGUAGAGUAUCUAUCAUUCAGGAACGUCUAGAUGGGUUCAGAUUUGGACCUUUGGUGGCUUUGGAAUAUCUUAUAGAACUGCAAGAUGACGAUCCUUCAAAGGAACCAUAUUAUUUAUGCAUAUUAUGUGAUAAAAGAGGAGAUCCACGUACUGUUUUAACUCAUCUAGCUAGUUACAAUCAUAUUUCUCAGUACUUACAAAAACAUUUUCCGACUUGUUGGCGUUUACUGGCUCCUUAUAAUACCAAACAGUAUAGAAGAAAUUGGCAGACGACACUGCAAAAAAUUGCUGAAGGUAUAGAGAAAAAAUUCGGUCGACUGAAACCGUACCCAAUCGAAAAGGAUAAGUUUCAAAAGGACAGGAUGCACUAUCUUAAAAUUGUUGGCAAAGGAAGGCACUUCUCAGAAAUGAGUGGCUAUACUUUCGAAGAGCUUGUCGUACACGACGAGUUAACGAAAAAUGUAGACACUCCAGAAGAGAAACAGAAUGAGCCGUCUUCCUCAAAUAAUUGGGGUGCUACAACAGCUUACAUAGAAAAACCUUUCAAGAAGCGUAGUCCUUCUCCUCCCGUCGUAAAUAUGCCUUCAAAAAAGACAAAAGGAAACGCUCAAACUAAUCCGAGGAAACAAGAACCAGCUUUUUCAACAGUAGUUCAGAGUCAGAAACCACCUAUACAGAACAGCAAAGAGGGUGGAGCACCUCAACCAAAUAAAGUGGCGACUCAAAUUGUUCAGAAACAACCAAUCAGAAGAAGAUCUUUAUCAAGUCUAUCGAGUCUUUCUGAUAGGAGUGACAAUAGUGAUAAAGCUAAUAGAAGGGAUAUGUAUGCUUCUCAAAGAGGAGGUAAACCUCCUGAUGUCCAGCUUUCAUAUGGAAGGCGGAGAUCUCCAAGACGUAGAUCUAUUCCUAGACGUAGAACACCAUCACCUACUAGACGUAGGUCUCCAUCUCCUAGGCGAAGAUCUCCGAUCAGACGUCGAUCCAAAUCUCCCUCAUUCAAAUCUGAACAAGAAAAAGAAAAAAUGAGAAAAAUGGAGGAAUACAAAAAACUUGCAAGGGCUAUUGAGAAUGAUAUGUUUAAAACAUUGAAACAACAUGAGAAAAAUCCAGAAAAACAUCCUCAUUAUAAUGAAGAAUGGAAAAAAUUUUGGAAUCGGAGGUACAAGGAAUUGAAAAACGAAGGCAAAGACGCUUCCAAAUAUGAUUUCAAACCAGAAUGGAUAGAAUUCUGGAAUAAACGUUUAGUUGAAUUACACAGUGACGAAUUGAGGAAUCGCAAAGAAGCGUUGAGAAAACGUCUAGCUCUUCCAGAAGAAAUUAAUCCGAUUAAAUUUAAAAUUGGAGCAGGUACCUCUAUGAAUGUGCAGAAACCGCUUCCCAUGGCUGCACUUCCCGAUCAGGAUAAUGAUGUUAUCAUUAUCGAAGAUAAAGAUGAAGAAAGAAAAGUGAUUUGGGACGAUGCAACGAAAAGCAGAGGUGAAGGAAGUAGAAAAAUUAAGAGACGUUCACCGAGUCCUCGACUGAGAAUAUCUAGAGAAAGGAAUCUUACCAAGAAAAAUCGUAGUCCUGUUCGUUACACUCGAUCGAGAUCUAGAUCUAGAGACUACCCAAUCCAGAGUAAAAAGAAACUACUAAAUGAUAAACAACGAAUCAAAAAUGCUUCUCCUAUCAGUGACAUAUCGGACAGUUCAAGGGAUGAUUCCAAAUCGCCUUCAAGGGAAAGGAGUUAUGAAAAGAAGAGACAAAUAAGGGAGAGCUCAUUCGAAAGAGAUUUACGAGGCAAGGAAAGAAUUAGGACUGUAGCUGAUCUACCUUGGGAGAGAGAUUCAGUAUACAGAAAUCCUUAUCUACCACCUCCAAGUAUGCGGGAUGUUGUUCCGAUUCUCGAAGAUAACGACGAUGACGUGGAAGUUAAUGUUGUCGAUGUUCUUCGUAUUCUUACGGCGCUUGAAGAACGUUUAGGAUCUUUGGGUCCCAAAGUUGUCGAUCUUUUGGCUCAGGCUUUGGCGAUGGAAAAAAGUGAGGCUAACAGUUCUGAACAACUUUUGGACAAUGAAAUAAAUUGUGUCCUUUUUGAAACUAUUAAAGAAAAAUUGAAAGGUCAGAUGUUUGCUGGAUUAGUGGACCACAUACAACAAAGAGCCUUCAAAAAGGCGAUAAAGAAAAUAGCAAGUUUAAUCCAUUUGGCAGGAAAAAGAAAAGGACAACGAGAAAAGUUGCUUCCAAAAUUACCAACUGUUACUGCUACUGGUAAAGUAGACAAAGCCGCCAUCGCCAAACAAAUUGCAAAUGCAUUAAUUCUUCAGGGAAAGACUGACGUAACUCAAGCUGAAUUAGAACAACUUAUAAAUGCAGUGGUCGGUAUGGCAGAAGCGUCUAAAGUAGUCAGCAAACCUAUAACAACGGCUGGUUUCUUAAAUAUGAUCAGUGGAAACGAAUUUGGAAAGAAAGAAACUAAAACAAUUAUCGAUUUGGACAAAAUUACAGAACCAUUAACGCCAAGUCCGGGAAAAACGUCUAUAAGUAACAUGGAAAAUUUGUCAGAUUCUGAUUUACAAACGCUUCUGCAAAAUUUCAAAGAUUUAUCUACAGAAGAACAACAUAACUUGAUAAAUUACCUGAAAAAAUUAGAAUACCAAGAACCGGACAGAGUUGAAAAGUUGAGAAAGUUUGUUAACUUGGAACCAAAUUCAAAAACAAAAGAUGAAUCGAUUGACAGCAUCAAAGAUUGUUCCAAUGAAGGUGUAGAAGAAUCUAAAACCAGGAGUAAAUCUAGUGAAAAGGGUAGUCCCUUCUCAAAUAGAUUUGAAGAUAAUCUUGGAAACGAAGAGUUGGAAAAUGUUGAAUCUGAUGAAGAAGAAGAAACAGAAAAAGAUAAUCACAAUGAAGCGGAACCAGAAAAUGAUAAAUCUGAUAAAAAAGUCAAUGUAGAUUCAGAAGAGGAUGAAUAUACUUUCGAAGAUGUUGUAAAAACCGUCUCUAAAAACGUAAAAGAGAAGGAAAUGGAACAAAAUAAGAAAGUAGUUGAAGAAACGAUGAAAUACGACCAAAACAGAUCCAAUUUAACCAACGCUAAAGAUCUCAUAUCGCAGCUUAUGAGUAAUAUUAGUAAAAACAAUUCUACAACAACUAAAAAUAUUGAUUUGUUAGGAUUAGGCCAACCUGCUUCGUCUAAUCCCCCACCUACAAGUACAACAACAACUAUGGAUUUAAGUAGAUUACUUAAUAUUAAUGUUGCUAGUUUAGCGAGUAUUGUGAAUAAUGUUAAAAAUAUGUCGGCAAAUGAUAAUCAAAGUAAUUUUAAACCAACAAUGUCAAACAAUCAACCAACGUUGAAUUUUGAUUUAGGACAAUUGAAAUCAGAUUUCUUAAAAGAAGGACAAAACAGUGGUGCAAUAGACAGAGACCAUUUUGAUAUAAAUAGACCGUUGGACGUAACUAAUAAAAAUUUUCAUGUAGGAUCAAAUCAAAAUGAUGGACCUAGAGGACCAGAUAUUAACAGAAUGCCACUUCGAGGUGAAAAUGACAGGUUUGGAUCUGGAGUUUUUGAUCGAUUCGGACAAGGAGGUUCUGAUCGCUUUGCGCCAGUAGGCCCUGAUCGAUUUAUACCCACAGAACCAGAUCGAUUUAGACCUGGAGGUCCCGACCGAUUUGGACCUGGAGGUCCUGAUCGAUUCGUACCAGGUAGUUCUGAUCGAUUUGGGCCAACCCCUGAACGAUUCGGACCGGGAGGCUCUGAUCGAUUUGGUCCCGUUGGUCAAGACCGAUUCGGAUCCAAUAGACUUGGUCCAGGAAGCUUGGAUAGGCAUGGGUCAGCUUUAGAUUUUCAAAUGCCUGGAAUUCCAGAUAGGUAUGGUUCAGGAGGAAAUGACAGACUUGGGUUAGGAGGCCCCGAUAGGUUGGGACCGGUUGUGCCAGAUAGAUUCGGGACAGGAUCUGAUGAUAGAUUUAAAUCAGGAUUUGGACCAGGACAGGAUAGAGCAGCGUUAGGUGGCCCAGGUCGAUUAGGGCCCGGAUUUGAUGAUAGAAGUUUUGGUAAUACCGGAAUUAAUAGACAGCCUUUGAAUUCACUAGGAGCGCCAGGAUUGAAUGGACCACGAAUGAUGGGUACAAGACAGGGAGGACCAGGAUUAGGAGGUGCCGGAAAUUUCGGGCUCGGUAAGGGUCCGUUUGAUGGUGACGCGUUUAAUAAAAAUAGAUCAGGUCCUGGUAAUCAAAGGAACUUUCAACGGUUACCGGCUCCAGAUUUUUCAAAACCUAGUGGUAACUUGAAUAGGUGGUAAAUGCUUAAGUUUUAGUUUUAUAUUUAAUUGUAGUUUAAUAUUGUACGAUAAUUAUACAAUAGUUAAUGUGGA